GGGCUUCGGGGGGUGGUUUGUUUUUCCUCUCCCGCUCGGGCUGGGUCACGUGCCGGGGAGGGGGUGUCCCGCGAGCAGCGGCGACGUGUCACGUGGGGCGGGCAAGAUGGCGGCUCCCGCGGACGGUGCCGACCUAGAGGCCUCGCUGCUGAGCUUCGAGAAGCUGGACCGCGCCUCCCCGGACCUGUGGCCCGAGCAGCUGCCCGGCGUUGCCGAGUUCGCCGCCUCCUUCAAAAGCCCUAUUACAAGUUCUCCUCCCAAGUGGAUGGCUGAAUUAGAAAAUGAUGAUAUCGAUAUGUUAAAGGAGUUGGGGAGCCUCACUACAGCUAACCUGAUGGAAAAAGUUCGUGGCCUGCAAAACCUGGCUUAUCAGCUGGGACUGGAUGAAUGGGAUACAGCAGGCGCUCUGAUAAAUGAAGAGAAAGGGCUGCUUGCUUUGCAGGGGAUUUAUGUGACAGUCUCCCUCUCAGCCCAGGAAAUCCUUCGUGCCGUUCCUCACGGUUGGCAUCCCUAGCCAGCUGCGGAUAGGGUGCACCGGACCCGGGGAGCCUGCGGAUGAGCGUGCCAUCACUGUCUCUGUGCUCUCACCAGCGGCGUCUGCCCGGGGCCACGGCAGAGUUACCCAGCUGAAUCUGAGUGCUACUGAAAGACGGACACUGUGCCAGCUUGUUCCCAGUGCUGCUCCAGUGACCUGAGCUACCCUUCACAACCGGAGCGGCUCCAGGAGACCCUUGCAUGAGGAGCCCCCGGUGCAUCACUGUCCGUGCCUGAGAGCGCGGCCGCUGCACCAUCCCUGCGCGUCCCAGUCCCUCACCCACCGCCGAUGCUGAAGGCUGCAGGGUCUGUUGGUGGGGUCAUGGCGCUGGAAGGGGACACCACUGCUAAGGGGGCAGAGGGCACAGACGGGCCCGGGCUAGAGGCCACGCAUGUGAAGGCAGCAGCAGCCUGUGCGGGGCGUGCUGCCCGGCGUCCCGAGGCCGUGGCGGGGAGCAAGCAGGGACCAUAUGGAAGGUGCCGCCAAACGAGGCCGUUGAAGCAAAGGCUGCAAAUGAGUUUAGUAGACAGCCAGACAUUUUGAGGAGGGGGGAGGCAGAGGGGGGAGUGGAGGAGAGCGGGAGAAAGGGAGAGCCCGGUGCCGUGGCCAAGAGGGACCCGCCCGAGCACACAGGCGUGGUGGGCAGCACUCCCUUUCCUCCCACCCCACACCUUCUCCCGGUGCCCUAACUUUAAGACCCCUCAAAGGGAAGAGGGGACCAAGGUGUCGUGGCCCCUUCUUUGUUUUUAAUUACUUCCCAUUUUAAUCUUGAUUUGCACGUCGAUCUCUCAGAAGUGGGCCAGGGACUCUACAAAGCCCUCGUCAGCAACUCCCCCAAUAAUAAACAGGAAAAGGCUUAAGGGGCAAAUCACUUGCAUGUUAAUGAGACUGUUUCCUGGAGUCAAGAGAGAAAACAGCAAACAAACAAAUGGACUGAAUUCCAGCGGCAGCUGUUUGCUCCUUAAUCUCGGCUCGUCAGAGCUGCCCUUUGAUGGGACACAAUCUACACAAACGAUUGUGCUAAAUCUUCUAAUCUACGUCCUCAUUAUUACAUCCCUUCUUACGCAUGUAAAUCAGGGACAAACUCAUUUUAAUAUGUAGAUAGAUUAUGGAAGGGAAGGGGAGGGGAUUGGAGGGGAAAGGAGCUGCUGGUGGUGUCUGCGCCUGUUCGGAGGGGUGUUAAUGAGAAGCGCAGGGAGGGGAGCUGUCUGCAGAGACCCCCAGGGUACCAGGAGGAAGAGGAGGACCUGUUGUCAGGGCAAAAAGGGGGGUGUAAAGGGGCAAGGACACUGGCGCUGGGAUGCUGGAGAAGACAUGGGCACGGGACAGCAUUGGCAAGGCGAUCUGACGGGGUGCUGAGGAGGACCUCACCCUGGCAUCCCCCCAGGCCCUCUGCCCAUGCACUCAGCCCCCGGCUUUGACAAGGCGGGAUGCUGGAGGAGGGCUUGGUGGUGGCAUACUGAGAGGUGACAGGGCCACACUGCGGGGGCACGCCGGGGCCCUGGCAUCGUCCCUGGAUGCCUUGCAGUGCAGGGCCUCCUUGCAGCACAGCACAGUGGUCUCCCACACCUCCUCAACCCACCCACUCCUGGCACUGUUAGUGGGCUGAGGAUCAGACCAACCAGCUUCACCCGGGCUGGAGUAGCAGGCUGACACCUCAGGCUGCAGAGUCCAAGGAUGCAGCCUACACUGCCUUCACACAAAUGUUGUUAGAGCUAUGAUUAUGAUCUUUAAUAAUGUUCAACAUAGUUGCCUUCAUAACAAACACAACUGUGGGAAAAAGAGCUCUCCUGCAUUUCACUGCUUCUGGCAUCUCCUAAUCCAAUUGCCAACCUGCAACCUGCCCCUUAACCUUCUUCUUCCACUGGAACAAGGUGGGAGAACAGCAAGGUUGUGCAGCACCAGCCUUGUGUAGCUGAGCCACCUCAUCCUUCUCUGCUCCAGGAGGGGCAGCCUCCUGGUAAAAUAGGAAAAAAUAUUUUAAAACCAACCUGGUUAGUUCACAAAUUCCCCAUUGACCUCGCACCUGUGAAGGAAGGAUGCAGAAGAUAAGAAGGAGGUUGGAGCACAAAAGGUGAGUAUAGAAGAACAGCAGAGGCAUGCAGGAAUAUAAUCAGAAAGGCCAAGCAUAAAAGAAGUUUGCAAGUAGCAGGAUAAUCAAAGGGAACAAGAAAUCAUUCUGUAAAUUCAUUAGUAGCAAGAAGAAGACUAAGCAAAAUAUUGGAUCACUGCUCAACAGGGAGUGAAAAUUAUUGACAGAGGAUAAUAUCAGAGAAACUAGUAACAGUGAUAAAGAGGUAAGAUCCUGGCAUAGAAUAAGGAAAGAGUAUGGUAGAGGUAAUGUUAUUGAAUUAGAUGCAUUCAGAUUGAUUGGGUGUAAUGAGCUUCAUUGUAGGGACUUAGAGAUUUGGCUACAGCACUCUCAGAGUCAGUAGUGGCUGUCUUCCAGAACCUGUAGAGAUGUGGUAGAGCACAGGAAAACCACAGGCAUCGCUCUUUAAAAAGCAAAGGAAAGAGUGAUGGGUAAUUAUGGACCAAUCAGCUUAAUUCCGAUUCCCAUUAAAAUGCUGGAAUAAAUCACAGAAUUAUCUCUAAAUAUCAAAGGCAAAAUGAGACAAUCAAUUGCAUUCAGUAUGGAUUUGUCAAGGUCAGUCCCUUCCAGUCACUCUAAGUUCUUGCUCUUGCAAGGCAACAGGUCUUGUAGAUAAGGAAGGAACAGAAGAUGUUGUGUAUCUUUACUUCAAUAAGCUGUUUAGGCUCAAUUUCAAAAGCUAUCUUUAUGAGUAAACUAGGGAAAUAUAAAUUAGCAGAAGCUACUGUUAGAUAGAUAAAGAAUUAGUUGAAAAACUGUGCUCAGCAGAUAGUCCUUAGUGGUUUACUAUCAAAAGAAAGGAUGUAUUGAGAAUAGCUCCACAAAGAUCUAUUCUGGGUCUGGUUCUGCUCACUGAUUUAAUUAACAACAUGGUUGACAAAAGAGAGAGUGGGCACAUCAGGAAGACACAGAACUGGAAGGCACUUUAAGUACACUGGAGGACAGGCUUAGCAUUCAAAAUCAUCUUGGCAAAUUGGGAAAGUGGUUGAAAAAACAUAGAUGAAAGUCAGUAAGAAACCAUGCAAAGAAUGUCGGUGAUGCAGAAAAAAUGAAAUACAUAAACAGAGGUUGGAAAAUAACUUGUUAGGCAGCAAUUCUUCAAAAAAAGCACUAGGGGUUAGAAUGGAUUACAAGCCCUGUCAAAAAUAGUAUGCUGUCACAAAAAAGCAAACCUCCUACUGUAAGGAAUAAAUAAGACUACAGCUGUCAAGACCUCUGGAAAUUACCUUUCCUUCUAAUUAGCAUUGGUGAGACUUUAGUUGGUGUUUUGAGCCCAGUUUUGGCAUUGCCUUUCAAUGUGGACCCAUUGGAGGGUGUCUAAAGGAGAGCAACAAGAAUGAUCACAGAUCUGAGACAUGUCCUGCAAGGAAAAACUGAAUGAAGUAGUGUGGCGUAACUUGAAGAGGGAAGACUGAGAGAGGAUAAAAGAAAAUCCCCAGCCACAAAUUUGUAAAGGGAGAGGGAAAAAUCAGUCCUCUGUGCCCAUGGCAGGCAGGUAAGUCCACAGGAAAUUGUAACAAGAAAGGUCUGUGUUAGAC